GAAACAAAGCUCGAUUACUAGCUAGGGUAAGUUACAGCACUAGUGUUGCGAUUACUGAAGUUGUUCAGGUGUUUAACUUUAUCUUGUCCAGCUCAUUUUAUAUAUAGCUUAUUUAAAUAUAUUUUAUUAAUGUUACACACUUGACAAGACUGAAAACGAUGUCACAUUUUAGUUGCUGGUACAGAAGCAACAUGCCAUUUGUUAGCCGAGCUGUAAGUUAACGUUAAGUAAUGACAGGUUAACUUAAAGCUAUAAUAUCGUUGAAUGUGGAGACAGAAAGCUGUUCAAAAACAGUGUCUGUUUAUGUAUAACAGUAGUGAAGAUCGACGCACUAGUUUGCCUUUAUCAGCAUGUCUUACUUGGAGUGGGCUGAGUCUCAGCUUGCAGAGAUGGAGCUGCUGAGCAGCAUGUUUCCCACCCAGGAGGAGCUGGAGAUCACAGACCAGCUGGCACUAGCUGAGCUCAGGGCCUAUGUGGAGGGCUCAGAUUCAACAGACAGCCCUCCUCCUUCCAGACCUCAGUUUCUCAUCAAACAGAAGCUGGACACUGCAAGCAUUGAGAGGACGGACGUCAUUCUAUCAUGUGCUUAUCCAUCCGAAUAUCCCAGUGUGUUACCAGAGAUAACAGUCCGGUGUGCUGGUCUCAGCAGGACCCAGCAGACACAGCUCCACACAGAUCUCAACGCAUACCUCAUGGAAAACUGCCAGGGGGAAGUAUGUGUGCUCUCUGCUGUGGACUGGGUGAAAGACAACCUGCAGCUCUUCAUCAAUAAGAGAUUAUCAGCAGCACUAGUUCCUAAGAAAGAGUCUGCAUCUUCACAGCCACAGGAAGUGUUCAGCCGACUGUGGAUUUACAGUCACCACAUCUACAACAAGACAAAGAGGAAGAACAUCUUGGAGUGGUCCAAGGAGCUGGCCCUGUCGGGAUUUAGCAUGCCUGGGAAGCCUGGUAUUGUGUGUGUGGAAGGUCCUCAAUCUGCCUGUGAGGAGUUCUGGUCCAGAGUGAAGGUUCUGACAUGGAAGAAGAUCAUGAUUCGACAUAGAGAGGAUAUUCCCCUUGAUCGUCAGGGCGAGGACAGCAGGACUGUUGAAAGUAUAGACUCCCUGCGCAAAUUCACAGGCUUUGAAGAGGCGAUGUUUGACCCCCAUGGGAACAGAGGUAAUCACAUGGACCUUGGGCAGCUCUACCAGUUCUUAAAUGAGAAAGGGUGUUGUGAUGUCUUUCAGAUAUAUUUUGGCAUUGAAGGGAGGUAGUGGUCAGACCUAGAGAAUAAAUAUACAUAGGUAUUUGACUGGUGCCUUGUCAUUGAAGUCAUUUCUCCUGAAAGUGUUAACUUAAAAAUGGAAAUGCAUUCAUUAAUGCACACAAAUAGAUUGUGAGCAUGUGGUAACAUGUGUCUGAUAAACUGAAAUAAAUAAAUUGCCUUUUUGUGGAUGUUGCUUAGCCGUUACACCUGGGACCUCAUUGGGAUAAAAGGCAGAAAGAACAUUUCUGCAAUUGUUUUCACAAUUCACUUUUUAGCUAAUAGGCAUAUUUUUCAAAAAGAAGCAUUAAAAAUGUAUUUUUCUGAGAGUUUUCUUAAGGACCUGUUAUAUUUGCAAUUUUAAUACUCCUGCAUGUGCCACAGAUCACACCUUACCCUAGGCGUUUCUUUCCUCAAAUGGUACCACUGUGUAUUACUACCAGGCUAUUAUAGGAUUUUCAGGUCUGAUACCACAUUAAUAAUUGAACAACAUAGUCAACAAUUUGCUAGAUAUCUGUUUAUGAAAUCUGUUGAUUUUCCUCUUAUGAAUUAUAGAUAACAUUACUGUGGACAGUCUCCAAUUUUCUUUGAAUGAUUAGUUGUUAGAUAAAUUGUGCAUAAUUAUGGAUUACACUCUGGCAAUUAAAAUUAACAAGACUGACCCUCCCAAGACUGAGAUGGAAAUUUUCAAAACAUUCAUAAAGAUUUUUAUGUGGAUUUUGUUCCUCUGGGUUUCAGUGUAAAUGUGAUUAUUUCAAAUAUAUGGUAUGUAUGGAUAUUUUAUAGGUGAUUUUAUUAGCAAAGUGGACUCCUUGCAUACAGUAAGCACUCAUAUACUGUAUAUUUGUCCAUUAUCAGUUCAUACCAUUGUUGUCACAUACACACACAUAUUAUUACAAAACUUGUAAGAUGGGGGGUAGUAAUAACAAGGACACAACUUGAAGACAAAUAUAAUGUUCAGUAGUUAUAGGCAUUGGAUUGAAUUUACUUGCAAACUUGCUUUGUCUACAUUUCCCAGCAGAUGGCAGCAUCAUAUAAUUAAAAGUCAGAAAAUAUGGCAUCCUUAGAUGUAACCUGCUAUUUCUGGAUGUUAACAUGUUUAAACCUAAUACAAUACAUAAUCUGGAUGAUUUGGUCCAAAACAAUUUCAGCUGUAAUUUGAAUCAAAUAUGAA